AAAUGCCGUUUUGACCCCCAUGUUAUAUGAAACUUUUUGCUUUAACCCCAUCUAUCACCCAUUUAAAUAGUGACUCUCAUAAUGUUUACAUCCUCUAUACAGACAACCGAAACUUUACCUGCUAGAGCUUACUUGAAACAAAUAAGAGGUUCUUCAGAAGGGAUUACGCGCCUAUGCAGAGAUCUCUCUAAGAUAUUACAGGGCACUCUAUUAUGUUCCUACAUAAUUAGAAACUCGCUAGGACAGUGCAGAGCUUGUCAUUACUUGUUUUUUGGUUUUAAAUUCAACCAACCUUACGAAAGGCCGAAUAUCUAUCAUGAGAAAAUAGUAACCAACAAACAUUUUAACUAAUAAUUACGUUAAUUCGGCCACAAAAUAGGUUAACGCCGGCUCCACACGUUGGCCCCAACGUUGGCCCCAACGCCACUCGCCCGACGUGUGUAUCUAGAAAAUAGCGUUGGCCCCAACGUUGAAUAUGAAAACGAUUUAUUCUAUUGAGGAAUUAAAAAAGAAGCCGAAAUUGCUCUAACCGCUUUUACAGUACUGAUGAGUGCGUAUAAUUUAUAUUUGUCAUUGAAAAAAAAAAGAAAAAGCCACGUCAAAGGAGAUGGUGGAUGACAACGCAUUACAAAAC